AUGCUGCAACUGUUACUGAAAUUCAACGAUAACGUUCGACAUCUCAUGGUGGUUCCGUUGCAGACUGCUGGAUGCUGUGCGUCUAGAAGAGUGCCAAGUGGCGCUAGUCAUUAUCGGCAAGUGAACUUACGUUUAUCUCAGAUCUAUCUCAGAAUCAGUCAGAACAAGCGCAUCAAAGAUUUUCUUGUCAAUUCACUUACCAAUGUGCAUGUAAGUCAACUUCGUGAAGUGCUGACACAAGAGCCGGAAGACCCGGGUCAGUUUUAUUGA